AUGAAGAUAGCCAUCAUCGGCGCUGGCAUUGCCGGCUGUGCAGUAUACCUCGAGCUGAAGAAGCAUCUCUCCAAAGACGUCGACGUCAAGAUAUACGAAGCCUACGACACCGGCAAAGAUGUCACGUUUGAGGAUCGAGAGCAAGGGCCGACACAUUCAUCCACGCUCAUCGUCGGCGGCGGACUGGGCAUCGCACCCAAUGGUCUCGGCGUAAUUCAGCGUCUUGACGAGGAGCUUCUGCGAGAAGUCACUCGUGAUGGAUAUGUCAUCACGCGAUCCAACUUGAAGAGCAAGAAUGGGAACCUGCUCAUGUACAUCGAUCCCGAUGGUUCUACCACGAAAGAACCGGGCGAGCCUUUGAAGAAGCUCAACAUGGUGGCUUGUAGUCGCCAUUCGCUCUAUAGAUGUCUACGCACUCGCAUCCCAGACGAGGAUAUCGUCACCAAGCGCGUGUCACAGGUCAUUGCUAAUCCUGAAGGAAGAAACAUCAUCCGUUUUGUCGAUGGAAGCGAGCCGGUAGAGGCUGAUGUCAUCAUUGGUGCUGACGGGGUGAAGUCGACUGCCAAGAGGGCUUUGUUUCCAGAGGCAGAAGAAGACCAAUAUCCUCCUCAUUACGAAGGCCUUGUCGGGAUUGGCGGCUUCAUUCCAGCAACAGGAUUGGCGGAAUUCGUCGAAAAGGGAUCAAUGAACUUCAUCUUUGGGGGCAACGGCUUCUUUGGAUACUAUUUCCCAGACAGCGAUCCCUCUGAUCCCAAUCGCGAGAACCCCUACGUUGCCUCUAAGCCAGGAGAAACGCUGGCGUGGUGGUCCACAUACGAGAUCAAAGAGUGCCCAGAUCGCAGCACUCUCGACAUGGACGACGUUUCGCGACACCUUCGAGAGAGGCACGCACAGUGGAAAGAUCCCGUCAUCCAGCAAAUCAUCAAAUCAGCCCGCGUCACGCACAUGUAUCCCACAUGGACGUCACCACCGCUCCCAACUUGGGAACGCGACGGAGUUGUUCUGCUGGGAGAUGCGGCACAUGCCCUGCCCUCGACUUCGGGCCAAGGUGUAUCACAAGCACUGGAGGACUGCGAAGCGUUUGUGCUAUUCCUGGCGCAUCAGAUGAAACGGAGAGAUGCGAGCAAGCCAGACGCUCAAAAGCAAGCCAUCGUCAAGGCUGCAAAACAAUAUAUGGAUCUUCGGAAGCCACGCGUCACGGAGAUAUUGGAGAGUGCGAAGAAGAUUCAGAAUUCGAAGCGCGACAUGGGUGUCGUCCGGGAGUAUGCCAUGUACUCAAUGUUCAAGCUGUUUAGUUUCUUUCCUAAUGCUGUGGCGAAGCCGACGCGCAAGAUUUACGAGUAUAACGUUGCCGAAGAAGCUGCUCAAAUUAUUGCGCGCGAUAGCUAG